UUUGCCACCAUUUUCUCUCCAAAUCUCUUCUCCAUCACUCACCCUUCGUACUCUCCGUCCACACUCAUUCACUGACGUCACCAUCCCGACAAGGUGACGUCAUCCUCCCCACAAUACCAUGUCACAGUUAUGACAAACUCACCAACCAAAACAACCAUUUCAAGUGGCGGUGCCACGUCGGCGAUGAGGGUAAUAGUACCCUUACAAGGUGUAGUACAAGGCCGAGGUGGUCUUUUCUUAGGUUCUGUUAUCCCCUGUGCUCUUUUCUACUUCUGGCAACUCUACCUUAAACGUAAUCGUAAUCGUAGCCGUCCUUCCAAUAAUAAUAACGACGAAUCUGGGUCUUCCGGGUCGACCCAUUUGCCCCAAGUGUCUUCCGGGUCGGGUUUACAGAGAGUUCAUUCACGUAUUUUGUUGUCACCGAAAGGAAGUAGUGGACAAUCUCAAGUGUCUGUUAGAGCUAAUUCUGUUAUUUCUAAACAAAUUGAUAGUAGCCCUUGUUUUGUUGGAUUAAAUAAAGCUUCUCAAGAUCCUUAUGAUGAGUUCAGUAAUCCUGAUGGUGUUAUUCAACUAGGAUUAGAUGAAAACAAGUUGUCAUUGGAUUUAGUUCAAGAAUGGCUAGCAGAAAAUGUGUCAAGAUGGAUGAUGGCUGAGGAUUUGAGUAUAAGUGGAAUAGCUACUUAUCAGCCGUUUGACGGGUUGUUGGAGUUAAAAGUGGCUGUGGCAGGAUUUAUGUCUCAAGCUGUGGAUAAUUCAGUGUCCUUCAGCCCUGCGCAAAUGGUACUUACCGGUGGUGCAAUUCCUGCGCUUGAGAUACUGAGCUUCUGCCUAGCUGAUCCUGGAAAUGCUUUUCUCGUUCCCUCGCCUUAUUAUCCCGAUCUUGAUAGGGAUGUCAAAUGGAGAACUGGAGUGGAGAUUAUACCUGUUCCAUGCCGCAGUGCAGACAACUUUAGCUUGAGCAUCGAUGCUCUUGACCGAGCUUUUAGCCAAGCAAAGAAACGUGGUCUUAAAGUACGAGGGGUUAUCAUUUCUAACCCCUGGAAUCCUGUGGGCAAUAUGUUCUCUAGGGAGACACUUUAUAACCUCUUAGACUUUGCAACGGAGAAGAACAUCCAUGUAAUAUCCAAUGAAAUCUUGGCAGGGUCGAGUUACGGAGGUGAAGAGUUUGUCAGCAUAGCAGAGAUAAUUGAUUCUGAAGAUUUUGACCGGAACAGGGUACACAUCGUGUAUGGUCUCUCUAAGGACCUCUCGCUUCCCGGUUUCAGGGUGGGGGCCAUUUAUACUUGCAAUGAAAAUGUUCUAGCUGUUGCCAAAAAAUUGACAAGAUUCUCAUCCAUUUCAGUGCCAACACAGCAUUUACUCAUCCAGAUGCUAUCAGAUGCAAAAUUUGUACAGCAAUUUAUCAAGAAGAAUAGAGAGAGGCUAAGAAGGAUGUAUUCUCUAUUUGUCAGUGGAUUGAAGCAGCUGGGAAUUGAGUGCACUAAAAGUAGCGGGGGCUUCUACUGUUGGGCUGACAUGAGCAGGUUAAUUCGGUCGUAUAAUGAGAAGGGUGAGAUUGAGCUUUGGGAUAAUCUACUAAAUGUUGCUAAGAUCAAUGCAACUCCUGGUUCUUCCUGCCAUUGCGUUGAACCGGGGUGGUUCAGGUUAUGUUUUACGACCUUAAGUGAGAAGGAUAUUUCCACAGUUAUGCGACGUAUUCAGAAAGUUUUGGAGACACGGAAGUCUCUGAGUUAAGUUGCUAAUGACACGAUCCCUUACAGUAGUCAACCACCAAAGGUCCAAAAUUCUGCAGGGAUUUUAAGGUCACAUGUUAUGUGAUUUUAAUCGAUCCUUAAGUUAUCAACAAAUGCUUUCAUCCUUCCGGUUUGUGGAAUUUGACCUGCCUCUGGGUUCUAGAGAUUGAAGAUAGGUGAAUUAGCAGUCGACGUUGAUGCAAGGAUAAGCAUAUUAGCAGGUAGAGAUGGUUUCAAAUUAAAUUCAUUUCCAAAUUCUUUGUGCAUAGUCAAUAAGUAAGGUCUUAAUAUUUUCUUUUUAUUCCUCACAUUGUUGUAUAGUUACAAGUAGAUGUAUGGACUCAUUAUUUGUUCACAUUCAUUCUUGUGGUAGAAUUAGAUAAUGUUAUUCGAGAAAUGAAUUGAUUUCUUCAUCCCUUUAAAGGUUGUUGAUAUAUGCUUGUCAAAGAGGACAAAGAUAUGAUAUAUGCUUCUUUCUUC